CAUCUUCCAUUUCCAGAGCCACAGAGUAGUGGAGACCAGGGCUGUAACCAUGCUCCUCGCCGCACCUGAUUGCUUCUCCCUUCGCUCUUCUUUUCUCCCGAGAUCCUUUCGCUUCAGGAACUCCAGGGGCCUGAGUCUGAACUCGCAUAGAACUUGGACAAGUCGACCCAGAGCGAGUUUGAUCACGACUCCCGACUCGUUUCAAGUUGGAAGACUCAUUGGUAGCUAUGGGUUCAUGAAUAUUACUAGCUAUUCAGGGUUUCAGCCUGGGCUUGAUGUUGAAUACUCUUCAGAAGACAUGGGGCGAUUGAGAGUGCAAGAUGUGGGAGAAGGCAAUGUGAAGAUCAGGCUUUAUGAAGGAAUAAUAACUCAGGGUCCUCUUCGAGGGACUCCAGUUAUUUUUAAGGUAUAUCCUGGGCAACGAGCUGCUGGCAUUGAGGCUGACAUGAUGGCUGCAAAUGAGCUGAAUGCUCAUGCUUUCCUUCAAAGCAAUGCAAAAGAUAUCAGUCAGAAUCUCCAGAUGCUCUUAGGUGGAUUUGAGACAAAAACUGGGGAGCAGUGGCUUGCUUUCCGUAAUGAUGGGAAAUACAGUGCUGCAGACUAUGCAAAAGUUUCAAGUGAAAAAUUGUCAAAGAAUAAUGCUCUAGGAGAGCAGAAAUCUUGGAAUCCUUUUGACCAAGAGCUAACAAUAAAGCGUAAAAGGGAGUUUGUUAUUAAGUUGCUUCGGGGUGCUAUGAGUGGUUUGGCAUACAUGCAUGAUCAUGACAGAUUGCACCAGAGUCUUGGACCAUCUUCUGUUGUACUCAAUACAAUAAUGGAGAGAGAUGCUGCCUAUUUAGUUCCACGGCUCCGAGAUCUAGCCUUUUCAGUUGAUAUAAGGUUCUCGAACAUGGAAAAUGGUCCUGGGACACUUGCUAAUGGGCUUUGGAGACGGGCAUCUGCUGCUGGUGCCUUCACACCAAUGGAGAAAAGAGCUUUUGGAAUAUCGGAUGACAUAUACGAGGCAGGGCUUCUUUUUGCAUACUUAGCUUUUGUUCCAUUUUGUGAAGCAGGCAUCAUGGAUAGCCUUUCUUUGCAAAGGCUCCUGGAAAGCACUUUCCGGCUUGAUCUCAAAGCUAUGAGAGAGUAUUGCUUAGCUGAUGACAGUUUGUUAGAAGCUGUCAGGUUUCUGGAUCUCGGUGAUGGUGCUGGUUGGGAGUUACUCCAGGCGAUGCUAGACCCAGACUUCCGGAAGCGGCCGAUUGCAGAUGCUGUACUGAACCAUCGUUUCAUGACUGGUGCUGUUCUUUGAAGUUCCAAGAACUAAGUUUAGCACAGUUCAUCUGUAUAUGUUAUUAAACAGUAUAUAUUGCUUUUCUUUUCUUUUUCUCAUUUUUAGGACAUAAAUAAGAUAUCGAGUACUUGCUUUGUGUGAUAUGUUAAACUAUCAGGCAAGAGCUCUAAUUUUGUCUGGUAUAAAUUUUUUUCUAAUAUUCCCCAUC